AUGGAAUUAUUUACGAGAUUAUGCUAUAAACCAAAAUUGCCUGAUGAUCCAAACAAUGAUAGGCGCCAACCCCAAACAUCAAAGAUAACGCACGAUAAGCCAAAUGAAAAUUCGAGAAAUGAUAUAUAUGAAGUUGUUGAUGACAAAAAUGGAUCAUCUUCAGUUCAUGAUAUAAUUAACAUGGAUCAAUUCCAAGAUGACGAUAGCGAUUCUCAAACUCAAAGUUCAUGUGAGACAAUUGUCGAAGACGAUUCCCCUCUCCAGAACGAACCGGGUGUCAUUUUUGAUCUAACCAUGAUGCCUGUGAUUAUUAGCAUGAUGGAAGU